CGUGAGACUUGGCAAUUGCUGACCAUUCAAUAUGAAGGACAACUUCAGUUUUGCGGCCACCAGCAGGAACAUCACCAGCAGCCUUCCUUUUGAUAAUCUCAACAUAUCUGGCACCAAUGAGUCUGCCUUUAACUGCUCACAUAAACCGUCAGAUAAGCAUUUGGAAGCAAUUCCUGUUCUUUACUACCUGAUUUUUGUGAUUGGUUUUGCUGUUAAUAUUGUUGUGGUCUCACUGUUUUGUUGUCAAAAGGGCCCUAAAAAGGUUUCCAGCAUUUACAUCUUCAAUCUGGCUGUGGCUGACUUACUCCUUUUGGCUACCCUCCCUCUCUGGGCAACCUAUUACUCUUACAGAUAUGACUGGCUCUUUGGACCUGUGAUGUGCAAAGUAUUUGGUUCUUUUCUGACCUUGAACAUGUUUGCGAGCAUUUUUUUUAUUACUUGCAUGAGUGUUGAUAGGUACCAAUCGGUUAUCUACCCUUUUCUGUCUCAGAGAAGGAACCCCUGGCAAGCAUCUUAUGUAGUUCCCCUUGUUUGGUGUAUGGCUUGUCUGUCUUCAUUGCCAACAUUCUACUUCCGAGAUGUCCGAACCAUUGAAUACUUAGGCGUGAAUGCUUGUAUUAUGGCUUUCCCACCUGAGAAAUAUGCCCAGUGGUCUGCUGGGAUUGCCUUAAUGAAAAAUAUUCUUGGUUUUAUUAUUCCUUUGAUAUUCAUAGCAACAUGUUACUUUGGAAUCAGAAAACAUCUGCUGAAGACCAAUAGCUAUGGGAAGAACAGAAUAACCCGUGACCAAGUCCUGAAGAUGGCAGCUGCUGUUGUGUUGGCAUUCAUCAUUUGCUGGCUUCCCUUCCAUGUCCUGACCUUCUUGGAUGCUCUGUCCUGGAUGGGUAUCAUUAGUAGCUGUGAAGUUAUAGCAGUCAUUGACCUGGCACUUCCUUUUGCCAUCCUCCUGGGAUUCACCAACAGCUGUGUUAAUCCCUUUCUGUAUUGUUUUGUUGGAAACCGCUUCCAACAGAAGCUCCGCAGUGUGUUCAGGGUUCCCAUUACUUGGCUCCAAGGCAAGAGAGAGACUAUGUCUUGCCGAAAAAGCAGUUCUCUUAGAGAAAUGGACACCUUUGUGUCUUAAGUCUGCUAGUGGGAUGCAUAUAAUCAGCCUAGCUGUUGCUUUGGAGUCCCACACAAAUGAUCUUUAAGUGGUAUCAGUAUAACACAUU